CAUCCAACCGGAAGUUAGCCGUUGGCUCCCCAGGAAAUCGGUUAGGAAGCCAAAUUGGUGUUUUUUAACGCCAUAAAUCAUUCUCCGUGUCUUGUAACAUUUCUUAACCGGCGCCACUUUGCUCGUCGCUUGUUUUGAGAUUAACUAUUCUGCGGUAUAUCUACUGGCUGCGCGUCGAUAGCACACACGGUGGUACCCCUGGCCGGAAACAGAAGCAGGCCCGGCCGGAAGUAGAAGUAGGCCCGGCCGGACAGCAGGAAGACAGGCAAGGCUGCGGUCGGCGACACUGGCGUGUGUUUAUACGGGAAUUAGUGUACUGCAUGUCGGCUACAUCUACUGCGUCACACCGUGUGUGUAACAAGAAGACAUAUUUUCCUAACUGUGUCCCGCUGCUUAAUUAAGUCGGACCUUGGAAGUUUUAGCAUGGCACUUAGCAACAGACCAGCUAGCUAACAGCGGAUAUCAACUUUUUACUAGCCGAGUUUUAACCUCAUUUUGGCGGUGUGGCUGAAACAAAUAUGAGCGCCAGGGCCAAUAUUGUGAACGAAUAUAUUUACUUUUAAGUCGCCCUCAUUUGCUGUCACUUAAAAAAAAAAAAAGCGGUUAAAUGUUUGGGGAGCGACUCUAGCGCGCUAGCAGUGUAGCGAAGCCUUUAGCUGCUAACGUUAGCAAUGAAAGAAUACAAAGUGGUGGUGUUGGGCAGCGGCGGCGUGGGCAAGUCCGCGCUCACCGUGCAGUUUGUCACCGGCACCUUCAUCGAGAAGUACGACCCCACCAUCGAGGACUUCUACCGGAAGGAGAUCGAGGUGGACUCGUCGCCCUCCGUGCUGGAGAUCCUGGACACGGCGGGCACGGAGCAGUUCGCCUCCAUGAGAGACCUGUACAUCAAGAACGGCCAGGGCUUCAUCCUGGUCUACAGCCUGGUCAACCAGCAGUCUUUCCAGGAUAUCAGACCCAUGCGAGACCAAAUAGUGCGAGUGAAGCGUUUUGAGAAGGUCCCGCUGAUCCUGGUGGGCAACAAAGUGGACCUGGAGUCGGAGCGCGAGGUCGCCGGCUCGGACGGUCGGGCGCUGGCUCAGGAGUGGGGCUGCCCCUUCAUCGAAACGUCUGCCAAGAGCAAGACCAUGGUGGACGAGCUGUUCGCCGAGAUCGUGCGUCAGAUGAACUAUUCCACGCUGCCGGAGAAGCAGGAGCCCUGCUGCACGGCCUGCGUGGUCCAGUGAAGAAGAGACACCGUCUGUUUGUUUUGGAUCACCACAAGCAUUUUUUUGAUGGAGUGAGGGCCACCGGACUUUGCGACACAACCUGCCGCGCCCUGGUAACAUUUCUGUCUUUAACAGAGCAUCUGGCAGCCAAGAUGUCAGUCCUAUUUUUGAUAUCCUAACUGUUUUAAAGAUGUUUUUGCUGCAACUUAUAAAGCAUUUUUGUGGCGUGAAGUGACGGGACGACAGACUCGGGCAGCCAUCUCGGAAUUGUAUUCUUACGUUUUCUCUCCCCGCCUUCCUUUUAGUCAGAAACGGCACUCAAGUGCAAUAAACAGGUGUUGGUGAGGUUGCAGCUUCUUUUUUAAAGCUGCUUUAAUCCCUCUUCUAAACUUUAUUACUUGUAUUACGUCACCGUUUUGGAAAUUUUGAACAAGUGUUUCAUAGUAUGGAAACAUUUCAUUUGAAGCAUGCCUACUUUUAAGUUAACUGCUGUUGAGUUACGCUGCAAGUGUAAUUCCUCAUUCUAUUUUUACAAGUUGGUCUAGACUUACAGUAUGUGCUGAAAAUGCAGCUUUUGCUUCAGGAAAUGUCGACAGGGAUGUUUGACUGUGGAACAAACUCUUAUUUCGCAGCAGCCUGUUAGAGGACAUUUUUAAAGCUACAAAUUUGCCUGCUCAGAAUUCGUGACAAGAGGGAUUUGACUGCUUUGAGCCUGACUCUUAGAUACGUGAGUGAGGUGCACAGGGCGUGGGUCAAUCUCCAUCUUUGAGGAGGGGGCAACACGGGGACCACCAAAGAAAGUGCACAGUUUGUUGGACGACACGACACGUGUUGCUUUAAAGCUGCAAAGAGUAGCAGAAGUGGUUAUGCUAUGGCACAGUUAAGCAGAUUUAACAUUGCUUUGAUUUUUUUUUUAAUAGUAACAUAUUUAUUGCAAACUAAUGGUGUGAGUAGCCAGUUAUAAACAUUUAAUUUUAUACUAGUUUAAUGCUUUUGUGACUUCAGAAAACAUGGUAUUUGUGUUUUGUUUUUUUUUAUUAAGCUGAGAAUUUAACAGAGCCUUAAAAUAAUUUCUGGUGCA